AUGGGUACAGCACCGUGUUACAAAAGGAAAAACGAGGAAGUGAAAGUAGCUCAUCGGGGACAUUUGAGUGAUAAGAGUAUGAAAUCUAACAAUGAGGACUUUCCAGAGUAAUAGGGUGAAGAAUAAGAGGAGGAGGAAGAAGAAGAAAACAUAGUUUAUGAUUACAUUUAAGGUGAAUUGAUUUAGGAGGGAUGUAAUGUAUACUCUGCAUUGAAUACUUUAAAUGGGUAACUUUUAGCAUUAAAAAUUUUCAAAUUAAGUUCAGAAGAUGAUUUUGACAAUGUGAUAAGUAUUGUAGACAUUCUCAAACGGUUGGACUUCAAGAAUAUCCAUCAAAUAAUAGGUUGGGAUUACUCAGUAUUCAAAAAUGAAGUAAUCUAAAAUGAAAUUAAAAUACUGAUGCCUUAUGAAAGUGGAGGUUCAAUCAGUUGGUUGUUGUAGAAAUUCAGUUCGUUUUCUCCUUAACUUGCUAUUAUGUUUAUGAAACAAAUAUUGUAAGGAUUAGAAUAUCUUCAUAGUUAAGGCAUACUACACAGGAAUCUAAAAACAUCAAAUGUCUUAGUGGAUGGAGAAGCAAAUGCUAAAUUGAGUGACAUCUACAUUCUAAACAAAUACAAAUUAUCUAUGUACAGUGCUCCUGAAUGUUUCAAUGGAUAGGAGUACUCUCAGUAUUCAGACGUAUGGAGUGCUGGUUGUAUAUUUGUAGAAAUGCUCACUAAAAUGCCCCCUUGGCAUCAUUUAUCUUCUGACAUUACUCUAGAUCAAAUACGUAACUCUAUCAACAAAGGAUAAUUAUUUCAAUUCAAACGCAUAACUAAAUAAGAAGACAUUUUGUAGAUCUUCAAUCAGAUUUUUAAAUUGAAUCCAAAAGAACGAUCUACACCCAAUCAGUUGCUCACUCUUUCUAUCUUUAGAAAUCUUGAAACUGAACCACUGAAAUCUGUAAUAAUCUCUACUAGAAAACACUAUCAUACAAAACAUGAUGACAAAAAAUCCUUCAAAUUGUAGAAUAGCAAUAUGUCUAGUUCUAGUAUGCAUGGUGGCUUAUCAGUUUCGAUAAGAAGGAGCAACAAUCCUGAUUCAAGUAAAUAUCAAUAAGUUCUGUAAUAAUUGAAGUCUAUUCAUCAAGACUUCAAUAGAACUGAGAAUAUGUAAGAAACACAGCUACUCUCUCACAAUGAUCUAUGCAAUGUUGUAACAAGAAAGAUACAGAUCGAAUCUAAAAUCAAGGAAAUAGGCAUUCAUCAUAUCCACUAAGACAAAAAUGCCUUAGUCGAAAAUGGGUUGAUUAGACCAAAAGAAGGACCCACAUAAAUUGCCAAAAUCUCUGUCAAUGGCAUCCCAGAUCAAAUAUUUAAGAAUCAAGUGCACAAACCUCCCAUUAAUCAAACAAGUCAGCAAUAUAAAUCAAUCAUGCAUAGUGGAAGUCUAGAAAAAAUACAAACUAUUAGAUCCAGUGAGUACGUGAAAAGCAAUGAACAAAGUAUUGAACGAUUACCACCUGUUGUUUAAAAUAAGUAAUUGAGUGAAUCACAAUAAUUGGAAGAACUAAUGGCUUAGCAAUUCUAUCAGAUAAAUCACAACAAAUAAGAAGAGAUCAAACCGAAUAUUAAUCUUAUUGACAUUGAAAGAAUGAUGAUGGAUUAAUUCUCAUUUUCUAUGCUCAAAUCAAAUCAAAUUGAACAAGACUCAUUAAUUGAAAAAACUGAGUAAUAGGAAUACUAGUAAGAAACCAAAAAUAUUAAGUCUGAAAUACUGGUUAUCAAUAAUAAUAACAUCCAAGAUCCAAACUACUUUGAGAAUCUUAUGUAAUAAUAAUAUUUGGAGGAUGAUGAACAGGAAAUAGAUGAACUAUAAAAACUUGAGGAACUUAUGUAAUAAUAAUAUUAUAAUAUACAAAAAAAUGACAUUAGUUUAGAUAAGUUGAUUUAAAAAUAACUAUCCAAUCAUGAUAAGUCACCACAUGAUAAGGCAAUUCCACUUUUAGAAUAGAAGCAAGAAGAAGUUCUUUAAGAAAAUGUAUCCAUUAUUUCUUUUGAUAAACUAGACUAGUCUCCAAAAAAUGAAAAUGAAUUGUUAAUAGAGGAUGAUUUUAUAUAUAUGUUAUGA